GGAUAAGCCGCUUGUGGCCGCCUCGCCCUCCCCAUCACGACCAAUCACCACCCAAUCACCACGCCCGCUUAUAUACCCGCCCGCCUCUCGCCGCCUCACGAAAUCGAUCGGAGAAGCCGCAGAGCUGCGGCGCAUCAUACAUUUCCGAUUUCUUUCCCAAUUCGUUGCUGCAAGAAGCUAGCUACAAUGGCGUCGGUGGGCUUUGGCAGCACCGUGGCGGCCGUGGCGCCGGCAUCGUCUUCGGCGGCCGCGGGCAGGAGGCGGCCGCGGCGGUCUGUGCUGGCCGUGCCGGCCGCCACCAGGGGCAGCCCGGCGCCGGCCAAGGAGGAGAAGAGCCUGGUCGACUUCAUCUUCAGCUCCAUCUUCAAGAAGGACCAGCUCGUCGAGACGGACCCGCUCCUCAACAAGGUCGACGGCGCGCCGGCCGCCGCCUCGCGCGCCAAGCCGCGGGGCGGCACCACGUCCGGCGGCAAGAAACCUGCCAGCAGCAGCGACGACGGCGGCAGCGGUGGCGGGUUCAACUUGGGCGGCCUCUUCGCCAAGAAAGACUGAAACGUCACCACGUCCGGCGGCAAGAAACCUGCCAGCAGCAGCGGCGACGGCGGCAGCGGUGGCGGGUUCAACUUGGGCGGCCUCUUCGCCAAGAAAGACCGAAACGUAUGCGUGCGUGAUUUCUGAAACUCGGAGCUGGAUUUACUUUGGGGAAAAAAAAUUGGUUGCAUAUAUAUGUGUGUGUGUGGUGUGAGGUGACUCUCCCCCAAAACUCAAGUGAUUUUUGAUGUGAUAAUGUGAUAUACUACUUGAUACUUCACACAGCAUUC